CUCGCAAUAAAACGACUUAACCUCAUAAUUCCUGGAAUUGGCAGUUGAAAACGUUGAGAAUUCCACAUCCAGUCAUUAAAAAUCAAAACAUACCUCACCAGAAUUGUCCAAGUAUGUAUAUUUAUGAUAUUCUGCAGAAAAAGGAAGAGAUGCUCAUCAAAAUCUGGUCUUUUAUGGUCUGAAUUUUGAGUCUUCUUUUGAGGAAGUGUUAGACUCAGAUACAGUUAAUGCAGCUUUCACUUAGUUCGACUGAGAAGUGAAAAGAAGGAAGUGGGUUCGUCUUGGAUGAUGGAUUUGGGUCAAUGAUGGGGUUUGGGCCAGAUGGACACUUCUUUUGCCGGUCACUGUGUCUGUGAGUGCUGUGGUGAGUGACAGUAGCGUAACAUUCAUUCUUCUACAUUUUUAUGGUGCUUUCAUCUGUGAAUGCGGUUGAUGGGUCUUCUUCUGCGCAACUACGACACUCUUGUUUUUUUUAUUUUGUUUAAGAGAGAGUUGAUGCUCAACAGGAAAUUAUAGGAAACAAAAUGUCGGUGAAGAGCAAAGGAGGGAUAGCGGGUGAUUUAGCUAAAAGAUAUGUUAUGAGAAGGAAUUGGGCUCUUUUGCUGUGCUUUGGCAGCUUUUGUGCAGGAAUGUUCUUUACCAACAGUUUUGGUGUUGCUUGCUUGAUUAGAUUACAAAUGCUUCUAAUAGCAAUCAAACAUGUUCGUAGCAGGAUGUGGAUUAUGCCUGAAAUUAGAAAUACAUCAAGAACAUCUGAAGUGGGAGAUAACCAGUUAAAAAUAGACUCCAAGGGUUGUAGUACGGAAGUUGUUGUAAAGAAUGCAUCCAGUGAUGGUCUGCAAGAGUUGUCCGAUACUCAACAUGUCAUUCGGAUGAUAAAUAAGACAGUUUCAGAUUUGGAGAUGAAGUUAGCAGCUGCUAGGGCAGCCCGUGAGACUGUACAUAAUGACUAUUCUGUAUCUGAAAAUUCGAAGACUCUGGAAUCAACCUCAAAAAGAAAAUACUUAAUGGUUAUAGGAAUCAAUACAGCAUUUAGUAGCCGGAAGAGAAGAGAUUCGGUUCGUAUGACUUGGAUGCCUCAAGGUGAGAAAAGGAAAAAGUUGGAAGAAGAGAAGGGCAUAGUGAUACGCUUUGUUAUUGGUCGCAGUUCAACAUCUGGGGGUAUUCUAAAUAGAGCUAUUGAAGCUGAGGAGCUCAUGCAGGGAGACUUCAUGAGGCUGGAUCAUGUUGAGGGUUACAUGGAGUUAUCAGCCAAGACAAAAACCUAUUUUUCCACUGCUGUUGCUAUGUGGGAUGCAGAAUUUUAUGUCAAAGUUGAUGAUGAUGUUCAUGUUAAUUUAGCCACACUUUGGGCAACACUAUCUAGGCAUCGCAUGAAAUCUCGAGUUUAUGUUGGUUGUAUGAAGUCUGGUCCAGUCCUGGCUCGAAAGGGGGUGAGAUACCAUGAGCCAGAGUAUUUGAAAUUUGGUGCAGCAGGGAACAAGUAUUUCCGUCAUGCUACAGGACAAUUAUAUGCUAUCUCAAAAGAAUUAGCCACUUAUAUAUCAAUAAACCAAGAUCUGCUGCACAAAUAUGCCAAUGAAGAUGUUUCAACAGGGUCUUGGUUUAUUGGUUUAGACGUGGAUUAUGUGGAUGAGAGGAGACUUUGUUGUGGCACCCCACCAGAUUGUGAGUGGAAGGCUCAGGCUGGCAACAUCUGUGUUGCUUCAUUUGAUUGGCGAUGCAGUGGGAUUUGCAAUUCUGUUGAGAGGAUGGCAGAAGUUCAUCGACGCUGUGGUGAAGACGAGAAUGCUAUAUGGAGUGCAAGAUCCUGAGUAAAAGGAGCUGCUGUUUCAUAUUAAGAAGAAGAUACAGAGAAACCUGGGGAAAGCAAGCAUUUGGAUUUUCUUUUCUCAGUGUAGAUAAGUACAUACAGGAAAUGUCAUGCUAAAUACUGUUUAUCAAAAGAGAGAAUAUUUCUGCUGCGUUUGAGGGGCCUGUCUGCAUUUUCUUCUGAGCAGAUCAAAACCCCUUAAUAGAUGCCAUAAAAGCAUGAAGAUGAUAUACUUUUGACACCCUAUUCUUUAUUGGUGGAGAGCUAUGUUGCAAGUUUUCCGGUCCAUUAUAUUUGUGGGCAGCUUUGACAUAACAAAAUUAGCAUAUAUGCUUCAGUUCUCUUUAUUUAAUUAUAGUCUUAAUACAUUAAAUAAAAUAAAUAUUUUUGGAAAGGAUUACGAUUGUUUUAUAAUUUAAGUAUAGUUCCAAUAAUGUGUCAAUCUCAAGACUCUCAAAUUUGUACUAAUGGCUCCUAAGUCAAAGCAAUAAUCAUGAGAUAAUCAUAUUCAUGCUGGGAUUAGACUUUA